AUGCCGCUAGCAACGCGUGGACUGAUCGCUCCACAGAAUAUGUUUUUAGAAGAUCUCAUUGCUAGAUCGAAAAAUCUAGAGAAUUGCUUCGUUUUGGCUAAUGCUAAGCAAGAAGAUAACCCUAUUGUCUACUGUAGCGAUGGCUAUUGCUGUCUAACUGGCUAUCAACGCCAUGAAGUCUUACAUAAGGCCGCCGACUACGAGCAUUUGUAUGGAGAAGAAACUGAUCGUAAAAGUGUAUCAAAAUUGAAAUCUGCUUUUGCAUUAAAGCAAAAAAUACAACAUGAAUUAACUCUUUAUAAGAAAGAUGGAACACCAUUCAUUGCCGCUAUACAGAUUGCACCUGUGAAGAAUGAGGAUCAAGAAGUGAUUAUGUUCCUAAUCACUUUACGCGAUAUUAGUGCUUUAAGGGAAAAUCAAAAUAGAAAGUCAAGACGCUUUUCACUUCUAUCCACAACUAAUAACUAUCACCAUUCUCAUAGUAUGUGUUUGACAAAUAUGGAUACCGAAUUGCCGGAUUAUAAAGAAGAAACUCCUCGAUCACCGACAGGAAUUAUUCUUCAUUACAGCACCACCAAAGUUAUAUGGGAUUGGGUUAUACUAUUUUUUACCUUCUAUACGGCAAUAUUUGUACCCUUUGAAUUGGCAUUCAAUCGUGACUACAGAAAAGAAAUUGGAUUCCUGAUCAUGGAUUGUAUCGUGGACGUUAUCUUUCUGUCUGAUGUUGUUAUCAAUUUUCGUACAACUUAUGUUGACGGCACGGGUCAUAUUGUUUCUCAUCCGCCUUUAAUAGUGAGAAAUUAUAUUACCGGCUGGUUUGUGAUCGAUUUAUUAGCAGCUUUGCCAUAUGAAAUAUUUACACUUGGUGAUGUCUUGCGUUUACUUCGAUUAAGUAGAUUCAUUAGGAAGUUCAAUGAAUAUGUUGAAUACGGAGCGACUAUGAUCGUUUUAUUGAUGUUUACCUAUGUGCUUGUUGCACACUGGCUAGCAUGCAUAUGGUAUAGGAUUGGUUUCGACGAAUGUACUACCUUUGGCUGGUUACAUUCAUUAGCGGAGCAGAGUGGCAUAACUGCCAAAGUAAAUUACACCAGCUGUCAACAAAUCAGCGUUGCAUCAGCAUAUUCAACCUCGUUAUAUUUUACAAUGAGCAGUUUAACUACGGUUGGAUUUGGUAAUGUUUCAGCAAAUACUAUUGGCGAAAAAAUAUUCUCUAUUAUUAUUAUGAUUAUAGGAUCGCUCAUGUCUGCAUUCAUAUUUGGUAAUGUUACUGCAAUCCUGCAAGAACUUUAUUCAAGCACUCAACGCUAUCACGCUAUCCUAAAGGAUAUGAAGCGAUUUAAUCAAGUAUAUAGUCUUCCUAAAGAUUUAAGAAGGCGAGUUGAAGACUAUUUUAUCUCAUCCUGGGCUGCUACAAAGGGUAUUGAUACGAAAGAGAUUCUUAAAUAUUGGCCGAAAGAAAUUCAGGCGGAAAUUAAAAUGCACAUGAACAGAAAAAUCCUACGAGAUGCUACAUGUUUUUCCAAUGCUAGUGAAGGGUGCCUAAGACAGAUGGCUGAACGUUUCGAGAUGCAGCAUACCGGCCCUGGAGAUAUUUUGAUUCAUUCAGGUCAAAGUUUAAAUCAUCUUUAUUUUAUUGCCUGCGGCUCUUUCGAAGUUUACUCAGCAGAUGUUGGAGUAACUUGCAUAUUAACCAAGGGGGAUGUCUUUGGAGAUGACUUUAUUAAGAAUAAAGGGCUUGGAAGAUCGCAUUCCAUGGUUCGCGCAUUAACGUACUGUGAUCUGCACACUAUAUCACGUAUCCAUUUACUAGAAGUUGCUGGCCUAUAUCCAGAAUGGGCGCCUGUAUUUUCAGAGAAUCUUAACCUUACCUGCAGCCUAAGAGAUUCAGGCGUAAGAUAA